AUGGUGUCUUCGCUUCUUAUGUCGUUUGCUCCGGCCACCGUGAGGGUUUACGCCACAACAGCAAAGGGAGGUUCAGGCGGCGCCAAGGAGGAGAAGAAUAUUAUUGACUUUGUGCUCGGGUAUUUGACAAAGCAAGAUCAGUUCUACGAGACUGAUCCAAUUCUCCAGGGAGGGAAAGAAGUCACCAGAAGCAGCGGCACUAAAAGCGGCGGCACCAAAAGCAGCGGCACCAAAAACGGCGGUACCACCAGCGGCCGAGGAACCGUUCGCGGCGGUGGUAAAAACUCGGCCCCGGUGCCUGUCCCGCCGAAGAAGAACGAUGGUGGAUUUGGCGGCUUAGGUGGCCUCUUCAACAAAAAAUAA